AUGUUUGUCAGAGCUAUAGUGGCUCAAGAUAUCGAAGAAACUGCUGCCACGGCCAGGAACCUCCGAAUAAUUGCCGCCGACACUUUUAGCGUUCCGAACUCGUCGGGGUUCGGGUAUGGUGGGCGCGCGAACUGCACUGCUGGAAGGCCGCUUGCCAAGCCUGAUCGCAUCUCAUUCAACAUGACAGAUGCAGAGAUCGCUCGCCGUCCGGGACAUGCAGCGGCGCGGACUCUUUGGCUUUUCCAGGCCUUCGUCGCCGGCCUUCUCUCUAUUCUCUGGAUCCUCGACAUAUUGCGGGAGAUUGAUCACCCAAGCUACGGAUCUGACGGCUACCCUGCUUCAAAGGACCUUCUCCUAGCUAUUCUCGCAGCUAUAAUAAUGUAUACUGUCAUUGUCCAAUGGCAAUAUUCGGACCCGCACCCGAAGGUCAUCGCCAAGUUUGAGCUGGCGAAAGGACUGCUCGCCACCGUCAUAUGGCUCUGGGUGCUACUGGACGCGAUUUUCUAUAUUCCUUCGCAUCCGUAUUACUACGACCCAUACUGCAGGUAUAGGGCAUCGACGGCCUGCCUUUGUAAGCCACUCACCAGAUUCGCCAAUGUCUCCAACAAGGCCUCGUCCAUUCGCGACUCGCUCUACCGUCUUACACCUAGCUUCUCCGACAAGAGAUAG